CUAAUGAGCUGGCUCGCGCAGAGAACGCGCAGGAUUUGACAUCUCGGCUGGACCGUAAAUACCUCCUCCCACAGCCCGGACCGGUCCCCGCCGCUCCUCACUGACCGACCGUACAGUGGCCGCGGGACACGGCCGUCUGACUGGCUUCCCUUCUCUCCCCCUCCGCCUUUUUUUUACCUCCUCCUUUUCCUCUUCGCCGCUUCUUCCUCCUCUCCCCGACUUUUCUUUUUUUUCUUGACUGCAUGUUCAGCCACACUGCCUCCCUUUGCAUCUUCACUUCGGCCCCGCCGCAGCCCGGGCGAGCAUGGACAGUCGGGUCCUCGAGCAUCCUCACGCCCAGUUCGGAGGCUCCCUGGGCGGGCUGGUGGGCUUCCCGUACCCGCUCGGCCCCCAUCACCACCACCACCACCAUCACCAGCACGUCUACGAGCUCGCGAGCGGACACCAGCUGCAGUCCGCGGCCGCCGUGCCCUUCUCUAUAGACGGAUUACUUAACGGCUCGUGCUCGGCCUCGGUGGUCAGUUCCAACCCGCUGCUGUCCUCCGACAGUCCGCAGUUCAAACUCUCAGAUUCUGGGGACCCGGAUAAGGAAAGUCCCGGUUGUAAACGAAGGCGCACGAGGACAAAUUUCACCGGGUGGCAGCUGGAGGAGCUCGAGAAGGCUUUUAACGAGAGUCACUACCCGGAUGUGUUCAUGCGCGAGGCGCUCGCGCUCAGGCUCGACCUCGUGGAGUCCAGGGUUCAGGUGUGGUUCCAAAACCGACGCGCUAAAUGGAGAAAGAAGGAGAACACGAAGAAAGGGCCGGGGCGGCCCGCUCACAACUCCCACCCGACCACGUGCAGCGGCGAGCCCAUGGACCCGGAGGAGAUCGCACGGAGGGAGCAGGAGCGGGCCGAGAAGAAGAAACGGAAACAGGAGCGGAAGCUGCUCAAGUCCCAGAGCAAACUUCUGGCCGGCGACAGCUUCCACACACCCGGAGGGUCGGAGAGCGACAGCGGGGUCUCUCAGUUCACCGACAGCGAGCAGCAGACGUCGAGCGUUAAUGGGUCUAUUCACAUUGAACUGCCAGCAACGAAGGGUGCGGGAGGACACCAAACCGAAUCCAGCUGUGACCAAACACGACACGACUUCGGUCAACUAGAAAACCACCAAAACCAAAGAACCGCAGGAGAACCGGAGCAGGUUUCCCCGGGCAGCACGCACAGCUCCAGUCCUGGAGGCCCGAGGUCCUCCGCCCUGCAGAAACGAAACCCUUUCAGCGUGGAGAGCCUCCUCUCUGACACGAUGCCUCGGCGGAAAUCUCAGCUGGACUUCCCCUCUCUGCCCAGUCAGAGGACACUGGUGGGCAAAGGUCACUUCUUGCUUUACCCCAUUACCCAUCAGCCCCUGGGUUUUCUAGUGCCCCAAACAGCCCUGAAGGCCACACCGUGUCAGGACAGCAUUAACAGACUCAGCCUGGGCCAGAGGUGCACGCCAAGCGAGGGGAGCCCCGCUCCCUGUGACCUCUCCAGCUUUGGCAGCAUCACUAAGCCCCUGAGCUCGGAUCAUACGGAGCAUAACACACAGCAUCACCACAAUCACAUUAGCAGCAGAGUGGAUGGAACCGACAUGGAGGAGUGUGGUGGUGGUGGUGGUGGUGGUGACUGCAGUAAUGGAAGAUUCGCUGUCUCUCCUCCAGCAAACAGCGCGUCUCAGACGGCCCUGACCCGGCUGAGCUCCACACAGGCUGGCGACAGCGCCGAGGAGACGGGUCCGAACGUUAAAUCCGAGGCAGCGGCCAAUGGCUGCCAGCCCGCCGAGCCGUGCGCAAAAGAGAAGGGUGCGAGAGAGGAGCGAGCGUCUCCAGACCUCUCCGAGUGUCUCAAGACAAACACAGACUGUCAAGAAACACCCGGAACAGAUGGAGAGGAUGUCGAUAUGGACUAACACUUUCAAGGAGCAAACACAAACAAAAGACCAGGAACACCGCUCAGACUAUUCAAACAUUCCCAAAGCUCUGCUGAGACACUCGAAAACAUAUCAGGAAUCAGGAGACUUAAUUCUCAUCUAUUUUUUAAUCGUAAGGUGUGUCCAAUCCAGAUGGUCCCUCAAAGCUGUGGCUCUUAUGUUCAGGCUUUUAGGCCCAGACACCUUUAGAAGCAGGUUCUUUCAUUUUGUUAGUUUUCUUCUUCUCUUCUCUCUCUCUUUUUUUUUUUUUUUUUUUUUAAUUUUGGUGACCAACUUGUAACAAAAACUAGGCUACAAUAAACAUCUUACACACAACAGAAAUCCUCAGAUAUUGUAAAAAAAAAAUAAAAAAUAAAAUAAAAUAAAAAAACGAGAAAAUGAUAUUUAUAUGUAAACAUUUUGAUAAAUAAAGUUAUUGUUUAAAUUGAAUCUCUGUCUUCCAGGGACAUAUUGAGGGAGUGAAAGGAGUAAAAAAAAAAAAAAAAAAAAA